AAGUCUCUACAACAUCUUCAUCAACCCGCACUUAACAAUAUUGCUUAAUGUUGUAAUACGAAAAUAAGUUACAGCUCAUUAAUUUUUGUAUAUAGUUUAGUUGUGGUUGUAAAGUAUGCACAGUUGGAGUGGAAGAAGCAGAGUACUGGAACGCGCCGUCCUGAGCAGGAGGUCGAAGGAACUCGUCUGCGAUCCAAACAUUACACCCGAGUGUCGAGAUAAUGGCGGGUCUUAACUGUGACGGUACCCGGGUGGCGCGGGCGCUCUCUAAACGUCUCUGAUGUGCCGUGGAAGCGGAGAGUACCAUGAGUGAGACCCAGCUAAGGCGGGUACUGGUGGAAGACAUUCCCUCGCUCGUGGCUUGCCACACCGUAGUACCAACCCAGUCAGCUGAUUUGGCCCCCGUGCACAGUGCCAGGGUCAGGAGUGCCCACGCCCACGCCAUGGAGAAGCGGGCGGGGGCGGAGGGGGCCGCCCGAGGUGACAAGAGGGCGGGGGCAGAUGGGGCCACCCAUACCCCAGGGCUGGCCACAGAGCUCAGGGACAAACUCACUUUCAAAAUUGGUGUCAUGAAUGGCAUGAAGAUUGGCACCACAGAUGCCGAAGUCCAUGUGCCAGCAGUCAAGUCCACGAAGUCUCUCGUCCUUGAGGAGCAGUGUUCAGAGUCUAGUCAUGAUUCCGCGUCCAAGUCGGACUUAAAUGGGACUGUGUGUAAUGGCCACUCCGUGUCCGAGGCGACAAGUAGUAAUAGUAUCGCAAUUUCAGACACGUUUUCCAUAAAUUCAGAAAAGUCAUCGGACUCGUCCCAUUCAUUCUCUGGUGCUCGUCCAAGGACAAGAAACACGUCGAACAGUUCACAAAGCACGCAACCUAAAAGUGAAAAUGAUCUUAGCUCAACCAGUGAAAGUUUAAUAACUCCGGAAAUUUGCAUAAGUCCUGUUACGUCGACUGUAGACAACGAUCUGAAAGUAGACUACGUAAAUUAUGAAAAUGAAUUACAAAUGUCAGCCAUAAUGAGGCUAAUCCAGAAGGAUUUAUCAGAACCAUAUUCAAUAUAUACAUAUAGGUAUUUUAUACAUAACUGGCCCAAAUUGUGCUUCCUGGCAAUGUCCAGUGGAGAAGUAGUUGGAGCCAUCGUCUGCAAGUUAGAUGUGCACAAGAAGGUGACUGUGAGAGGAUACAUCGCCAUGCUUGCUGUUGAUCACAGGUUCAGAAAGAGAAAAAUAGGGUCAAACUUGGUGCAAAGAGCAAUACGAGCCAUGGCGUCUGAUGAUGCAGAUGAAGUUGUGUUGGAAACAGAGAUUACCAAUAAACCGGCACUUAGGUUAUAUGAAAACUUAGGAUUUGUCCGAGACAAACGCCUCUUCCGGUACUACCUAAACGGAGUGGAUGCUUUACGGCUCAAGCUUUGGCUCAGAUAAAACACUGAGAGAAGUGAGGGUACAAGUGAAGAGUUGCCCUCAGAUGUGUGGUGCAAGAGCCAGUGAGAGUCUGCCGAUGGUUGAUCCUCACCAAGGUGGGCUUGCUGAUGACAGCAAGACAAACAACCCUGCACAUGACCUUAGUAUGUCAUGAGCAACUUCAUUGAUGUAGAGGGAGAUGUGUGGUAGCAGCAAGAGUUAAAUCAAAGUAAUAAGUUCUUUUAUUUUGCUGGGGAGCAGAAUGCUCUAGCUGUGAUUAUUAUUAUUAUUGUUGAAAGAUUCAUUGCAAACAACUUUCCUUUUAUAAUUGUAAUGUUUUUUGAGUGAACUUAUUAAUAGUCUUAAAUGACAAGAGAUUUCUGUGUUUUUCCUGGUUUUGUAUGCUAAUAAAGCAUUUGAAUUUUACCACCUUUUGGCUGGAUACACUGAAUAAAGGAAGCUAUAAGAGGAGAAUUUUUUAAUUGAGAGCUUUCUUUGAUGCACUUUAUGAAGAAGCUGUUUACUUAACAUGACUGUGACCAGGAAAUUAUCCAAAGUCAAGUUAUGACAGCUGUUGUUAUCAUUUUAGUUUUAUCAGUGUUUGGAUUGACUACCAAAGUACUUUUUGUAUUUGGUUACACAUCAAAGGAGCAGGUGUGAUAUAUUCAUAACACAUUGGCUAUAAUUGUUUUCUCAAUCCAGCCAGUUCCAUCUUCCAGAAAACUUUAUACCUUUUCUCUGGAUAUUUGAAUUUAUUCCUAUGUUCUUUGAUGUAUACUUUUAAAUGAAUGUCAUAGAUAAUAAAAUUUGUAGCUAUCAUUGAAUAGUUUUCUUCCAUGUAAAUUUUAUUUUGUCAGCAUCUAUAUAAUGUAUUUCUUAUCCUAUGCUGAGAAUAUACUGGUACUUAGUCGCUGGCCAAGACUGCAGCUAGUGCACCUUCGGGUGGUGAAGGUGCUCACCCAUGUGUUGAAGACUUGUGUAUGUGCUAGUUCACGUGUCCUGCACAUCAACCAUUUCUCACGUGCACCUAAUAAAGAAGUAACAGUGUAAAUGAAAGCUAUGGGUUACCUCAUUAUAUAUUUACAGUACAGAGAUGGAAGCAUGAAUACAGUAAAUAGAACAGUGUAACAGUAGGGAAAGGACAUUUAGACACAUGAAAUUCAGACCUAAUAUUGGGAGAAAUCUUUCAUCUGUACGUCACAAUAUUGCUUCCAUGGGUGACCGAGGACAUCUGGUCUACUGCCUUGUAAUUUAUAUUAAAUUGUAGAUUGCUCGAAACUGAAUAUUAUCGACAUGUAAAAAGAAAAUAUAAUGGAUUUGUACUGUAUCAUAUUUUUCAUUAGUCCAGCAGCAGACUAGUGAAUAUUGUAUUUAAGAUUCAGAAUUUGGAUAAUUGUUCAUUGUUUUCACACCCUUUUAUGAAUAAUUUGUCCUUAACAGUGAGUUACUGGUGUGUUAUGUUAUAGUAACAUAAUCUCUCGACUCCUACCUCCUGUCCUGCAGCCUCUCCUCUGCCUCACCUACGCAAGCCCCAGAAGAGAAAAAAAAAUGAAUAAAAAAAUAUUGUCUUCAUGGAUACUUGCAAGUAAAAUCUGCAUAAUUGACAUAAAACAUUACACAGUUAAAGGAAAUAAUAAAUGAUUGCUGUAGAAGUGCAUAACAAAAGUAGUGAAAUGUUACUAUGAGUUCUCUUAUGGUGGAAAAUUUGUGCCAUGAAUGCAUUGUAUUGUAUUGUAUUACAGUCAAAUAUAUUAAUUGUAAAGCUCUGCCAAGCCAUAAUUGUAUAUUGCAGUAACGAGACUUUGUGUGGGUACGUUAGGCAUUUACUUCAUUAUGAUGUAGAGCGCUGAUUAUCUCAACGAAUUAAACAUUUUGCCACUACACGUUUAUUUCUUAAACACUUUGUAUACAAAAACUGAUCAAGCUUCCAGACGGUUUUGAGGAAUUAUUCUGAUUAAAAAGAUAUGUCGUCAUUAUUGAUCAUUAUAGUCAAUUAUUAUGACUUAUCAUCACAUACUAUUAUUAUUACUCUUAUUAUUUAUAUAUUUAUUUUUGUAUUAUUAUUUUACUGUAAAAUCCAUGCUGGUUUGAAGUUAUAUGAGUGUGCCGAGGUUUAGUAAGAUAAGUCAUUUACUUGAAUGUUGGUUGAUUGACGCUCUACUGUGUACAUUAAUUUAGUCUUACACAGAAAGCUUUCUUAAAAUUGACAAUGAUUUAGGGAUGAAGGCUGCAAACUUGUGGCUCCUCUAUUGUGUUUAAAGAUUAUGCUCAGACAUGAUUAUUGUGUAUUUUAUUAUAGAGUAAUAUGUUAUAUAUAACAUAUUCAUUAAAAAUAUAUUUUA